CCGCGCUUCUGUGGAUCAACAAAGGUGGGAAAUAAGGAUGUGGGUGGUCUCCUUGUUCAAGUACCCCAGGGUCCCUACACAGCAGCAGCGGUGGCCAGAGCAGCAGCAGCAGAAUCAGCGAGCGGGACGGAGUUAGGACCGCUCGGAGCGCCCAGGUCUCGAGGUAGUAUAAGGUUUUUGCAAUCCUUCCACUCGCUGGCAGUUGCAGAAGAUCUGCUUUUUAAGUGAGAAGAACACACCACCCCUCCGAGGGCUGCAGCUUCCCGGGGCUGUUUCGUCGCUCGUCGCUUUGCCGGUCCCUGGCGCUCACUCUCUAAUUCGUCCGCGUCCUAAGUUUGCCCAGAGCUGGCUGUGGGCUGGGAGCAGGGUCCCGGCCGGGCGCCGCGGGCGGGGGCUGGGAAGCCGGGAACCGCAAUCCAGAAGCAUCUUGGGGCCAUGUAUAUUUCAUCAAACGGACUUUGGGUGCGUCGCGUCUCGCAGUCAUCAACGCUAUGUGCAGUGACAUUUCUGACUUGAGUGGAGGAAUGCGCGAAGGAAACCGGGGCGAAAUUGCUUCGAGAGGAUCUUCUUGGCGCCAAGGCUAAUUGUCCUGAUUUAUGUCGCUUCUGACAAAAAAGAGGAAAAAAAAAGACCCAACAUCUUCAUCUGAAAUAAAAUGAAAGCGGUGCCAAGCGGGAUAGAACCGCCCGGCCGCUGGUUCUGAUCCCCCGGGAUCGGGGAAAAAAAAUCGUUCUGCGGCUUAAAAGAAAAGAAAGAAGAAAGGAAUAGAAAUAGAGAAGAGAGAGAGAAAACCCACAGUAAAAGUUUAAGGCGAGAAGUGGCGACGGCGGUGGUGGCGCGAGGAGGCUGCGAGAGGAGACGGCUGAUGAGACCUCAGAAGGCGGCUAUUUGGUUCCUAACCCCACUGUAUUUUUGGAGGGAGAGGCACCUUUCUCAUCCUCCCUUCCUCUCCGCCCACCCUUCUCCCUCCCCCUCAUCUACCUGUCAAAGUCACUGAUCUUUUGCAUUUUGGAAGAGGACGUCAACGGGAAGGAAUUCCCCCUGUCCAGGUCCGGGCACCGAGAGGGGGCGACGCGCGACGAGGCUGCCCCAGGGGCGCCAAGCCAAGGUGUUGGUGCCAGAAGAAAAAAGAAAAUGAUUGCUGGGAAACAGACACAGGACUGUAGACACUCAUUCUUGUGCUCCAGAUACUGAUCCCUCAUCGCAUCUGAGCAGCCCCAGUGACCCUGAACACUGAGGAUCACUCAGGAUUAUCGGAUGUACAAUGGGAGAGUCAUCACUUUUCUAAAUUAUUAUCGGCUCUUGGACAUCGUUCAUAAAAGUCUAAUAGAAAUGGUCUAUGAGGAGGAAAGGCUGCAAGCUAUUGAUGCCUAACACAGAAGCACAUUAGGCUUCCACCAAAGUCCUCAACAUACCUGACCGCACAGUAUUUCAAUCUAUCACAUUCAGUUUGGGAAUCGGCUUUGAGACCUCAGCAUAUUUUUGAAAAUAUACAGACCUACCUACAUAAAGACACACACACACACACACACACACACACACACACACACACACAAUACUCAUGUAUAUGUAAAGGAGACAGUGACUGCAAAUAAGACACGAAGAUUGCCAAGAUUUUAGAGAUGUAUUUGUCAAGAUUCCUGUCGAUUCAUGCCCUGUGGGUUACAGUGUCCUCUGUGAUGCAGCCCUACCCUUUAGUGUGGGGACAUUACGAUGUAUGUAAAACUCAGAUUUACACAGAAGAAGGGAAAGUUUGGGAUUAUAUGGCCUGCCAGCCGGAAUCCACGGACAUGACAAAAUAUCUGAAAGUGAAACUGGACCCUCCGGAUAUUACCUGUGGAGACCCUCCAGAGUCGUUCUGUGCAAUGGGCAACCCUUACAUGUGCAAUAAUGAGUGUGAUGCAAGUACCCCUGAACUGGCACACCCUCCUGAGCUGAUGUUUGAUUUUGAAGGAAGACAUCCCUCCACAUUUUGGCAGUCUGCUACUUGGAAGGAGUACCCCAAACCUCUGCAGGUUAACAUCACUCUGUCUUGGAGCAAAACCAUUGAGCUCACAGACAACAUAGUUAUUACCUUUGAAUCGGGGCGUCCAGACCAAAUGAUCCUGGAGAAAUCUCUCGAUUAUGGGCGAACAUGGCAGCCCUACCAGUAUUAUGCCACAGACUGCCUAGACGCUUUUCACAUGGACCCGAAAUCCGUGAAGGAUUUAUCCCAGCACUCCGUCUUAGAGAUCAUUUGCACUGAAGAGUACUCCACCGGGUACUCCACGAAUAGCAAAAUAAUUCACUUCGAGAUCAAAGACAGGUUUGCAUUUUUUGCUGGACCUCGGCUACGAAAUAUGGCUUCCCUGUAUGGACAGCUGGAUACAACCAAGAAACUCAGAGAUUUCUUCACAGUCACGGAUCUGAGGAUCAGGCUGUUGAGACCGGCCGUUGGGGAAAUAUUUGUAGAUGAGCUACAUUUGGCACGUUACUUUUAUGCUAUCUCAGACAUAAAAGUGCGAGGAAGGUGCAAAUGCAACCUGCAUGCCACUGUGUGUGUCUAUGACAACAGCAAACUGACAUGUGAAUGUGAGCACAACACAACAGGUCCAGACUGUGGGAAAUGCAAGAAGAAUUAUCAGGGCCGACCUUGGAGUCCAGGCUCUUACCUCCCUAUCCCCAAAGGCACGGCAAACACCUGUAUCCCCAGCAUUUCCAGUAUCGGUACUCCUCCAAAGUUUAAUAGGAUAUGGCCGAAUAUUUCUUCCCUUGAGGUUUCUAACCCCAAACAAGUUGCUCCCAAAUUAGCUUUGUCAACAGUUUCUUCUGUUCAAGUUGCAAACCACAAGCGAGACUGUGAAUGCUUCGGCCACUCCAAUCGGUGCAGUUAUAUCGAUCUGCUAAACACAGUCAUUUGCGUGAGCUGUAAACACAACACUAGAGGGCAGCACUGUGAGUUAUGCAGGCUGGGCUACUUCAGAAAUGCUUCUGCACAGCUGGACGAUGAGAAUGUGUGCAUAGAGUGUUAUUGUAACCCUUUGGGCUCAAUCCAUGAUCGUUGUAAUGGCUCAGGAUUUUGUGAGUGUAAGACUGGAACAACAGGGCCUAAAUGUGAUGAGUGUCUGCCAGGAAAUUCCUGGCACUACGGCUGUCAACCUAAUGUCUGCGACAAUGAGCUCCUGCACUGCCAGAAUGGAGGGACCUGCCACAACAAUGUACGCUGCCUGUGCCCGGCUGCCUAUACUGGCAUCCUCUGUGAGAAGCUGCGGUGCGAAGAGGCUGGCAGCUGUGGCUCCGACUCCGGUCAGGGAGCACCCCCGCGGGGCUCCCCCGCACUGCUGCUGCUGACCAUGCUGCUGGGGACUGCCAGUCCCCUGGUGUUCUAGGGGUCACAGAAGCCCUCCUACAGGCCUGUGCUGUGGGGAAGCAAACACAACCAAGCGAUUGCUACUAACAGAGAAAACACACACACCCACUCCAAUACAGCGUACAAAAGAAGAGGGCCUAACUGAACUAAGCCAUAUCUCUCAGACCGAGAAAGCACAUCGGAGUCAAGACUGUUCAUCACUGACUCCAGAGGAAUUGGCAGCUGUUACUAAUAUCAUUGCAAAUCUCAUUGCCAGCUGCAGAGCCGAUUGCCGAUUGGAAAGGUUGUGAGAGCGCCCCCAAAAGGAAAGAAAAAAAAACAAACUGAGAAAACAACCUUAAAAAUCAAACAAACAAAAAACAAAAAACAAAAAAACAUUCGCUACUCUACCGUGGUGCACCCUAGUACCGCUCUGCCCAGUGUGUGGACCAACCAAAUAGAAGCAUUCUUUGCUGUCAGGUGCAUUGUGGAUAUAAGGAAAUCUGUUACAAGCUGCCAUAUUGGCCUGCUUCAGCUCCCCUCCUCCCCCAGUCCCUUCCAACCUGUGCUUUAGUGAAAGUUGCUCUGUAACCCUUGUUGGUUGAAAGAUUUCUUUGUCUGAUGUUAGUGAUGCACACGUGUAACAGACCCCCUCCAAAAGCGCAAGCCAGUCAUACCCCUGUAUAUUUAGCAGCACUGGGACUCCAGUGCCGGUUCACACCCACUUCACAAGAGUGGUUAGAGGAAAGAGAAAGUGUAUCUAUCCUUUUGUAUUCAAAUGAAGUUAUUUUUCUUGAAAUACUGUAAUAUGUAGAUUUUUUGUAUUAUUGCCAAUUUUAUGUUACCAGACAAUCUGUUAAUGUAUCUAAUUCGAAUCAGCAAAGACUGACAUUUGAGUUUUGUCCUCUUUGGUUUUUGUUUUGUUUCAUUGUGCAGAGAUUUCUCUGUAUGGGCAACGAGCGUGCUGGCAUCAAAGAAUAUCAGUUUACAUAUAUAGCAAGUGUAAUAAGAUUCCACCAAAGGACAUUCUAAAUGUUUUCUUGUUGCUUUAACACUGGAAAAUUUAGAGAAUAAAAAUUCCUGCAUAAAUGGUAUCAGGAAUUUGUAUUGCCGUUUCUUAAGAUGAGAGGAGCAACGAUCCAACAGUUUUGCACUCCCUUCACUGAUUUCGUGUGGACCGAACACAGUCAGCUCAUGACUUUAGUAGCCCAGGAAGAUGGAUUGAUGGUCACUAGCUUGGACAACGUCUGCAAAACAUGAGACUAUUUUCCACCUGGGAAAAAAAUUAUAACUGCAAGAACAGAAAGAAAUAUCUAAGCAAUUGCCAAGAUUAUGCCAAAGCCUGUUGGCAGAGUACUAAGAGACUUUUAUUUUUAAGUCAUGCUAUUUUCACAGAUUUAUGGUGAUCAUGUGACUCUAGGGAUGCUGAUCUAUGUAUCCUUCCAAAUACAGUGUUUACAUGGAGUGUCAUAAGAGGCCACCUGGGGAACCAGGACAGCAGCAGGGAAAUUGAGUGAUUAGCAAUUUGACUUUGAAUAUAUUCUAAGUAUUUAAAUGAAAUAUCAAAAUAUACAGCAGCAAGUAGACAUAACUGCUGUUCCUAAGAAUAAAGUCUGUUUCAAGUA